AUGCCGCCGCCGCCGCCGCCGCUCCCCGCGGCCCCCGAGCCGGCCCGGGGGGGCUCCCGCGACCCCUUCGGCAGCUCCGGCGCUGCCCGCGGCGCUGCCCGCGGCGGCUCCCGGGGCUCGCGGGGGUCCCCGAGCCGCCCCCAGCGCUACCGGCGCCACCCCAAGCCCCCGUACUCGUACCUGGCGCUCAUCGCCCUCGUCAUCCGCGCCGCCCCCGGCCGCCGCCUCAAGCUCGCCCAGAUCAUCCAACAGCUGCGGAGCCUCUUCCCCUUCUUCGGGGGCAAAAAAAAGGGCUGGAAGGAUUCCGUGCGCCACAACCUCUCCUCCAACCCCUGCUUCAAAAAGGUGCUCAAGGACCCCUCCAAGCCUCACUCCAAGGGCAAUUUCUGGACGGUGGACGUGGCGCGGAUCCCGCCGGCGGCGCUGCGGCUGCAGAACACGGCGGUGGCGCGCGGUGCCACCGGUGCCUUCGUCCCCGACCUCGCCCCCUUCGUCCUCUGGGGCCGCCCCUUCCCGCCGCCGCCGCCCCCCCAAAAUUCCAACUUCUCCAUCGAGUCGCUGCUGCGGGUGCUCAAGGACCCCUCCAAGCCUCACUCCAAGGGCAAUUUCUGGACGGUGGACGUGGCGCGGAUCCCGCCGGCGGCGCUGCGGCUGCAGAACACGGCGGUGGCGCGCGGUGCCACCG